CCAAAUCGAUUUAUCUCAAUUGAGUUUUUGGUAUUUUCCGAUUUGAGCAUCUGGGUUGUCGUCGUCGUCGUCCUUCAUGGCUGCCUCCUCUGUUGCAUCUCCGCUCUGCACGUGGCUGGUGGCUGCUUGCAUGUCGGUCACGUGCGACAGGGACUGCUCCCCCAGGGCAUCUAUGCUCAGCUCCUCCCGGAGGCGGCCGAAAUGCGCCGGAAGGAGGCUGCCGUCCAAAUGCAGUAGCUUUAGUGGCGAAUUUCAGAAGGGUCUGAUUUCUGCGUUCAGUGGAUCCAGCAUUCAGGGCCUCAUGAGCUCCUGCUUGGCUUUCGAGCCGUGCGAUGAGUACUACAGCUCUAGGGGUUUAUCUUCUUUGGGAUGCAGUGGGCUCUCGUCACUGUUUGGAUCCAAAUAUGGGGCUUCCAAUCGAAGGCAGAGGUGUUUUAAUGGAGCCGCAUAUUCUGGGGAAACCAUGGCUGUAGCUGUGCAACCUACUGAAGAAUUAACAAAACAGAAGAAACCUUUAACAAGACAGAGGCGGGUGGUUGUGACAGGAAUGAGUGUGGUGACCCCACUCGGUCAUGAUUCUGAUGUCUUCUACAAUAAUUUGCUUGAGGGAGUUAGUGGCAUUAGUGAGAUAGAAGCUUUUGAUUGUACCCAGUUUCCAACGAGGAUUGGUGGUGAGAUCAAGUCUUUCUCAACGGACGGAUGGGUAGCACCAAAGUUUUCUAGAAGAAUGGAUAAGUUCAUGCUUUAUUUGCUUACUGCUGGAAAGAAAGCCUUGGCAGAUGCUGGAAUCACAGAAGAAGUCAUGGAGACAUUAGACAAAGCAAAAUGUGGGGUUUUGAUUGGCUCAGCAAUGGGUGGCAUGAAGAUCUUCAAUGAUGCAAUUGAAGCUUUACGGGUUUCCUAUAAGAAGAUGAACCCUUUCUGUGUACCUUUCGCAACCACAAAUAUGGGUUCUGCCAUGCUGGCAAUGGAUCUGGGUUGGAUGGGCCCAAAUUAUUCAAUUUCUACUGCUUGUGCUACAAGCAACUUCUGUAUUUUGAAUUCGGCUAAUCAUAUCAUUAGAGGUGAAGCAGACCUUAUGCUUUGUGGUGGUUCAGAUUCAGUGAUGAUACCUAUUGGAUUGGGAGGCUUUGUGGCAUGCAGAGCACUGUCACAAAGAAACAAUGAUCCGACCAAAGCAUCACGCCCUUGGGAUAGUAAUCGUGAUGGCUUUGUUAUGGGGGAAGGAGCUGGCGCUUUGCUCCUAGAAGACUUAGAACAUGCUAAGAAAAGAGGUGCAACUAUUUAUGCAGAAUUCCUUGGUGGAAGCUUCACAUGUGAUGCUUACCACAUGACCGAGCCACACCCUGAUGGGGCUGGGGUUAUUCUCUGCAUUGAAAAGGCUUUAGAACAGUCUGGAGUGCCUAGGGAAGAUGUUAAUUACAUUAAUGCACAUGCUACAUCCACACCGGCCGGGGAUCUCAAGGAGUAUAAUGCUCUCAUUCAUUGUUUUGGCCAGAAUCCCGAGUUGAGAGUGAACUCUACAAAAUCCAUGAUUGGUCACCUACUGGGAGCAUCUGGUGCUGUAGAAGCCGUUGCAGCAGUACAGGCGAUAAGAACUGGGUGGAUACAUCCAAAUAUUAAUCUGGAAAACCCAGAUGAGGGCAUGGAUACAAAACUACUAGUGGGUCCAAAGAAAGAGAGACUGGACGUUAAGGUGGCAUUGUCUAACUCAUUUGGGUUCGGUGGCCACAACUCAUCGGUCUUGUUUGCCCCAUACAAGUAGAAACACAGGUCUAAGUGUGCUACUCCAAUCUUUGCUGCAAUCGUACUGAAGAACUAGUUAUCUGCAGAUAAGACUGAAUCCACAUUGAAGUAAAGCACCCAAGAAGUCUCCCUUGUAUUUGAUCUUCACUAUGGUCGGAUGGAUUGCAGCUACGAAAACUGAAUCGCUCGAGAAGACUGUUGAGGAGGCCACUAAGUAGAAAAUAUUAAGAGCUCACCCAAUGGUUAACAAGAAAUACUUUUGCUUGUUAUUGUUAGAAAAAUUCCCCUUCCAUAGCCACGGUAGCGUUUGUUCCUUUAUGUGCCAGUCGUUGAAUCGCCGCUAAGGCAAUAGUUGCCUUGUUUGAUUUGGUUUUCUUGUACAAUUAGUUGGCUGAUCGGAUAAUUGUAAUGAAAUUUAGUCUGCAGUUACAUGACUUUACGUUCUUCGAAUUCUGACCUACUUGUAUCUUCUUUCCAAAUUUUAAUUUUCAAAGAUAACUCCCAGUCAGGGAAACAGCAA